AUGACUAUAAACUGGAUGAGCGUAUUUUUCACCAUUUUGUGGCUUUAUGUGCCAACGUGGAGGAAUGAGAAAAGGGAAGGCUUGAAAAUUUUCGACGUGAAUUCUGUUGAGGAUGAAUGGAAGAGCGAACAGGCUACGCAGACGGGGCAGAGUAGACCGAUCGGAGCGAGUCAAGUGAAAAUCGGCCAGAAUGGGUCAUUAGGUCUAAACUGGGGUAGGCGCAAGGGGGGGGGGCGCCCCGCAGAGUCCUUUGCACAAAGUAGACUAGAAUACGUUUACCCAAGUAGAGACCUGAACAGUGCCCUGCAAAUCAUGUUGAACCAGUAUUGCCACCCGCAGGAAUCAGGAUGCUUUAGACGGACAAACCGUUGUUAUUGUUUCAAUAAAAAAUCAUUAAUGAGAAAUGUGAGUGUGGCCCGAUGCGUAGACAACUGCGGAAAAAUCAUUAUAUGUUACGGGAUGCCAACAACUGCUGGAGUUAAGAUUAUCCCAAGGGAGGUUGUGAAUAGAUUAAAGAUCAAAAGUUGUGUCAUCUCGAAAAAGCAACGAAGAUUAGACAACCUAUGUGGAGAAAAUAAAGUAUUUCGUUUUCAGAAUGAUAAACAAUAUUGCAUUCCUCAUGACGUGUUGGACAUGGACAAAGUUGUUAGAAGUUGUUUUAGUGAAUCCAGUGCGUUAACUCUAUGUCCAGGUUUUUUGGAAAAUACAGAAAAAGACAUUGCAAAAUUUAAAACCAAUUAUAAGAAUUCGAUGAAUUCUAUUCUGUACGAACCGUGUAAUGAAGAAUUGAAAGGGAAUGGGGAAACCUACAGUGGGUGCCAAGACAGGUCCAUAUCAGGUCACAAAUGUCUACCCUGGAGUUCCCUAAACGUGAAGGAAAUUUUAGGCAUAAAUUACAAACAUAAUUACUGUCGCAAUCCAGAAAAAUUAACCACCAUAUAUUGCUUCAUUAAUAUGAACGGUUUUAUAGUUAGAGAAUUUUGUGAAAGAAAAAAAGACAUCAUAAUGAAUGACAUUUCGUACAUUAAUGAAUCCUUGUUCACGUUCGAUGUGACGAUGAAGAAUGUGUCCGAUUUUCGAUUAGGUCUAACCACAGGAGAUUGUUACGAUGGAUCUGUACCAAAAAAUGACCCUUUUAAGCACGUGAUACAAGAACCUCCUGAUUAUUCUUACCACAAUGUAGACGGCGAAAUAGCUGUGACUAUUUCGUUCAGAAAAUUUUCCAUGAGGAUAAAUGAGGAUUUCGUUUUUUCUAUAUGUGCAUGCUAUAGGUAUUACUACUCUAAUGAGGAUUCCGAGACGUGCUUACCUAGACAUUAUUUGACAAAAGUGGGGAACAUCCUAUCGAGCGAUCACAUUUUUGAUACAUCGAUAAAUGUGUUUACUGUUAAUAAGGAGCACCAUCUGUCCUUAACCAUUGACAAUGAGGUUAUGAAGAAUAGGGAGAUGUACAUAACGCAUGGGGAGCAUUCCUAUGAAUGCAGGAACUUACGCUUCUUAGAAAAUAUGCCCACAAAUAAUUUUCAGGAAUUACUUAAUAUAGAUGUUAGUAAGUCCAUUCAGAGGAUAAUUCCCAGUUUGGACACCUCCAAGGCCUACUCCACCGUUUAUGCCUACGCGGAUAAAAUUUUUGACUUGAAAACGAUGCUCACGAGAAAUAGGGACUUUACCAAAGUGGUCGGCAAAUGGGUAGACAAUAUAAGUAGUGGGAAUGACAAAGAAGGGCUUCCUCAUGUCUCUUUUCACAAAAUUUCCAAUUUGAAAAAUGGGUCCAAUUUGAUAUGCUUAAAAAAUCCAUCAUACAGCAGAGUGAUCUUCACCUAUGUAGGCCUAAUCACUUAUAACGACUACAACACGUCGAACGUAAAGUACAUUUUAAAAAAAGAAAGCACCGUUUUUGAGGAUAGAGUCUUCUUGAACGACGUGGCAAAUUUUAGCCUGACCGAUCAUUUAUUUUCCUUCAGCGCCAUUUCAUGCACACUUACAGACACGAAAUUUUUAAAAGAAUUUUCGUCAAAAAUUGUAGAAGAAACGCAUCUUAACAGGCUGAGGAAAUAUUCAGGCCAUUUCUACUAUGACCAUUUUAAGAGCUCCUUCAGGAGGAAUCCCCAUGAUCAUACACUUGAGGGGGGAAAAUCAGUAAAUCGCUUUUAUACCUUCUCCUUACAACAAAUAGAGCGGAUUAACGUUUCGUUAAAUUAUCUCUGCGAAAGGAAGGAGGAAUUUGAUACACUUAACUCCGUUUCACUGGUCAACAUUUCCGACUUCAUUUUUUCUCCCUAUGAAGAUUUUGCUCAUUAUUUCCAUGUGCGAAGCCUUCCAGACAGCACACAUAAUACCUACCUAAGUAUGAAUCUCUUUUCGCUUAUUAGAAAUUUUUUUGAUAUCCUCGGAGGUGAGGCAAACUCCUUCAAAAUGAGCAUUUUGUCGCUCUGGACCCACAAGGAGGAGAACUACGUUUCCCUUUGGUUUGUAACAUCAGAACACUUGACUCCAUAUUUUUUGAUCAAGUACGACUUUUAUGCACCCACGUUUUCCUUCCUGGAGAUGGUGCCCCCGGAGGAUUCGGCAAUCGCUCCUGCUAACUUCUCUAACGGCACCAAUUCGAUCCCCCUGGCGAGCUACCCAAGCACAACCACCUCGUCGAACAAUCCGCACGCCAUUGCUUACAUCUACAUCUUCAGCUCGAAGCAGCGAGACAUGAAGAAAUACAGAACUAUAGAUUUUUACGACCUCACCCUGGAGAAAAUUUCGUAUACAAUAAAUCUUUCUAGUACAAGCAGUAUACAUAAAUUCACCUACCUAGGGGAGACCUUUUUUAUAUUCCUGCUUAGAGGCAAUUUAGUCUCUCUUUGGAAUAGCAAUUUUGAAGAAAUAUACUUCGACAAUUCGAGUCUUCAUAAUUUUAUUAAGUCCACUCCGAUUAAGAUUCAGUGCCUGGAAAACAGCACCGUCACUUGUUUCGUUCUGUAUGAGUUUCACCAAAUUUUGUGGUUUGACUUGGUGUUGGUUCCAAGCGAUCAGUUGGGUUCCUCCACGGGGGCACCUCCAAGCAGUACACAUGUGAAGAAGAUGAAUAAUUUAUCCCCCAAGCAAUCCUCCACAGAUCAGCGCAGUGAGGAUGAAAGUGCUUCGAUUCACGCGAAGAAGGUCCCACCGGGGAAGGUAAAAAAGGCAUACAUAGUACCUAUAUAUACAUACACGGAAAAGGACCUAGAGAUAGUUCUAGAGAUCGCCAAGGACAUGACGGUGAUAAGAAAGCUGGACGAGUACAUCAUCUAUGUCUCCGGCAGUGAGUCGAACAAAUUGCAUAUAUACUCCACCGAUAAAGCAGAAUCAAAAAUAGAGUAUUACAAGUAUGUAAGGAAUGAGCAUAUGUCUAGCUAUAGGAUAAGUUCCAUAUUUACCUAUUCCCAUGAAGACACCAAUUUUAUUAACUCCUUCAUAACCAAGGAAAAUGAGAUGCAGCAUGCUUUAUCUUCUUUCAUGCAUGAAAGGUUGAGCACCACCAGUGUUACAUACAAACAGAACACGUGGCAUGUCUACAAUAAGAAUAUAGAAAUUGUUCCUGUUAUUGAAGGAGAUAAGAGACAGAUAAAAUAUUUUACCAUAACUAAUAUGAACUCCUAUCUGAAAAAGCAGAAUAUUAUUAUACACAAAAAGACGGGAGUUAUACUAAUAAAACUGAACAGUAUUAAGACGCCACAAAUAGAAUUACGUGUGACAAUGCAUGGAUUAUUUCAUGUGUCCACUUCACGUGUCCGCUUCAAUGUUGUGUGCAUGAAAGGACACUACUUCGAUAGCAAAAAGUGCCAACCAUGUCCAAAGGGAUCCUACAACAAUCUUAAGGCGAUUCAGAAGGAUAUGAAAUGGUACACUUCGUGCAUCCCUUGUGAGGCAAAUAAAAGCACCUCUGAGCCCUUUCCCCUCAGUGAGCAUCACUGCCUUUGUGACGUAGGGUAUGAAUAUAUAAUGGACCCGCAAAACCCUCACCAGUUUAUUUGCUCUCCUUGUAAAUUUGGAGAAUAUAAGGACACCAUAUCGAAUAGCUUAUGCAAAGGAAAUGGGUGCAUCGAAAAUUCAAGCUCCAACAUAUUGGGGGCGAAAACUGAGGCAGAGAGUUUCUGCAGCUGCAACCCUGGGUACUUCUUAACCUUCGAUACGUUUGGCUCCACUAAAUGUGAGAAGUGUUUGGCACACCAUUACUGUCCAGGUAAAUUAGAAAAAAUACAAAAAUGCCCCAAGUAUAAUGAGACUUUGCUAGGUGAACGAACCGAUUUUACCACCAUAGAUAGCUGCUUCUGCAAAAAGGGAUAUGAACCUAUUAACAUGAAAAAGGUACAGCAAAAGGGAUCAAGGGAAGAGCACUAUUAUAACCUCUUCUUUAACACCUACUCCUAUAAGCCAUACCAAAUUGACCUUAAGCAUAUCUGCAUGGAAUGCAAUAUAGGUUAUUACAAAGACACCGCAUCCUCAGAGGAAUGUAAAAAAUGUCCAAACAAAUCCAUGAACAAAUCGUUUGGUAGUACCACCAUAGAGAGCUGCAACUCAUGUUAUAGUGGUUAUUACAAAGAUUCAGAGAUGGUUUGUUCUACAUGCCUCCCCAACCACUUUUGUGUGGGUAGCUCUCCACCAGAUAGAUUGACUCAAUACAGUGGAGAUGCAGUCAUAUGUCCAAACAACUCCGUCACUCAACAGCCAAACGAAUUUAAUAACUCCUUUAAGGAUUGCUUAUGUGUAGAAGGAUACGUGAAGCACCUCCAAGAGUCGUACAACUUAAAUGAGCACUGUAAAUUGGCCCCACUCAACUUUUACAAAGACACUAUAUCGAACGAUUUGGGUACUCCUUGCCCCUCCAACAGCAUCACCCUAGUGGAGGGGGCUAAAUCUAUUCACGAUUGCAUAUGCAAUAAGGGCUAUUUUUAUAGCAACAAAAGGGGAAUGUGUGUGGAAUGUCCCAUAGGAUACUACUGCCCCGAGAAAAACAACAAGAACAAAUUUAGGGGACCUAUAAAAUGCCCUGAAAACUCUGGAAAUGUAAAAACGGGUUCUUACGAAUUGGCUAACUGCCAGUGUAACUUUGGCUACACACCCAACGCCCCGGUUAAUAAGAUUAUAAAGGCGUACACGUCUGUCAGGAGACAGAAUAGCCCCCAUAAUAGCGAAGAACCCAAUUGGUUUCCCUCAUUUGUGAACUUUGGGAAAGUCCUCACAGGGAGGAACACCUUCAUUCAUGUUAUGGCAAACAAGGCUGCUACCCAUGAACAGAGCAAGACACAUAAGAAGGACCCCUCCUUGUUGCUAUGCAGGAAGUGCCCAAACUCAACCUACAAAUCUACCAUAGCGAACGAAGCCUGUCAUGAGUGCCCCCCUAAUAGUAUUACCCUUAAAAAUAUCAACAACUCAGACAACUACUUCUGCCUGUGCAAUGAGGGAUACUACUUGGAAGAACAGAAGUGCAAACCAUGCUCUUUCACAAAGCUGUACUGCCAGGGAGAGAGCAUAUUCGAAGUGCCCCCAAACAUGUUCAAUCAAAUGGUGGAGGAUAUUCGGACGCAUAUCGGGUCGUUUGGCCCUUCCCACGGGCGCCGCUUUGUUAACUCGAUGAUCCGCGAAUAUAGUAUACGCUGGGGGGAUGGGGCGAACAUGGGUGGUAGUGGGGAUAUGCACGGGGGGAAGGAGGCAAGUCAGAAGGGUGGCCAAUCCAGCAGUCAGGGAGGAAGUGCGGAUGCAUCUCAGGGUGUGGAUCAUGAUAUGGCUCAUGGUGUAACUCAGGAUGAACCUCAAAGCGGAGCUGCUAUUCGACCCCACGAAGAUGCACGUCGGGGUAAGUCGAGCAGGCAGAGAAAGCGCCGCAGGAAAGUCCCGAUCAGUAACUACUUCGGUAAGCCCCUUCCCGUCAUGCUGCUCAGCCGGCUUAGCACCAUAGCGGACGGGUCAACAAGUCUCUUCCUGGAGAAGCAUCCCCUAGCAGGUCAUCCAAAUAGGCAACUGAACCUGAAAAAAAAGCAAGACAAUUUUAUGAACCUUCUUUUGAAGAGCUUCUUCUACAGAGACAACAACAACGUGGUAUACGCAAAGUAUCAGCAUUUGGUGAAAUGCCCAGCUAACACAGCAAUCCCGCUGGGUGUAGAUUCUGCGCACAACUACGAUGACUGUAAAUGUGCCAAGGGGUACUACCUAGAGGUGAAAGAUGUGAACAGAUCGAUUAAGGUAUGCAAACCGUGUAAAGAAGGGACAUUCAAAAACUUCGUUGGAGAUGAAACAUCCUGUGUGUCUUGUCCCCCCAAGAGUACAAGUCUGGAAGGAUCUGUCUACCCAACGCACUGCUUCUGUAAGGAGGGUUUCUUCUACAGUAAACAAAACUGUUUGGCAUGCUUAGAAGGAGCCACAUGCAAAGGAGGAUUAUACCAAAACGCCAUGAGUAGGAUCCAGUUAGGGUUAGAAAAUAUACACAUAACAGCGCAGGAUCAUGUGAAGCCAGAAUCUAAGAAAGGGUACUACUUAGAUAAAAUUAUGACAGCCAAUAUAGAUGUAAGUGAGUGGAAGUUUAUAAAGUGUCCAAUACAAGGUGCUUGUCUUGAAAGAAACAAAUGUCACCACAGCAUGAAUAAUUACUUAUGUGUCGAAUGUGCAAAGGGGUAUACAAACACGUUUAUGCGAUCUGUGUGUGUUAAGUGUCCAAACAAUGUUGUCAACAUUAUUAUCCUAUUCUGCAUCUACAUAACCUUCUGCUUUAUCAUCAUUCUGAUAGCAUACCUGAAUGUAUCUUCUGGAUUCUACAGAAGGUCCAUCCAUUCAAUUGUUAUAAAAAUAGCUGUCAAUUAUAUUUCUAGCAUGCUACUCAUCAACAUUUUAGACGAUAAGAAUUUACUUUUACCAGAGUUUGUGCACCAGUUAUAUAUCAGCAUUGCCAAGUUAAUAAAUAUAGGAGAGAGUAGAAGAAUCAUCAGCAUCGAUUGUUUAUUGAGACACUAUUUUGACCUCACCUAUGCGGACUCUUUCUUUUACUCCAGUUUGUUAUUUUUUUUUAUCCCCGUACUUCUUAUGGGCACGUUAACCUUGAUGCUUUUUGUUAUUCUGAGAAUAUACACCCUGUUGCGGAAGAGGGCAAUUGCGAAUAAGCUGGACUUGCUAAGUAUAGCCAAAAGGGAGAGAAUUCACUUUUUGGCUAACUCUUUGGAGAAAUGCUACUCCAAAGAAAGGUUCAUCAUGAUAUUGAGGUAUAUAAAAUUACAACACUACACUUGGAUGGAUAGAGCAUUUAUCUUCUUCGAAGAUAUGAUUCCAGUGUAUGUUACCUUUUUAUUUAUGAUACAUGCGAAAACAUCCAUGAGGAUGUUCCAACUCUUUGACUGCUCCUACAUUAUGUACACAAAACAUUUGGGCAGAUAUAUCCUCAGCAGGGUGAGUAGUGUCCAGUGUGAUUUGAAGACAGAUUAUUUGAAGUUUUUCAUUUUGGGGGUAUCCGGGACGGUCAUAUGGUCUUUAGGCAUCCCCUUGCUCUCCUUCUUCGUGCUCUACACAAAUAGACACAAUUUGUUUCAAGAAAAUGUUCGCAUAAAAUACGGCUUCCUACACAAUGGGUAUUUGCCAAACAUGUGGUACUGGGAGAUUAUUGUCUUUGCGAGGAAGAUAUUUUUUCUUUUCAUCACCACAGUUGUGUUGUUUCCAUCGGAUGAAACGAACACUUCCAAGUUGUUACUAAUUACUUUCGUGGCAAUAUUCUCCUUGUGUGUGCAUUUUAUCUUCCAACCAUUUGAUAAGAGAAAUUUUUUUACCCUAAACAAGUUGGAAAAUACGAGUUUAUUCAUAUGGACGUCAACCAUCGUCGUUACAUCCAUUUUGCUCUCCAUCAAUCUGAAUGAAUUCCUGAACGUUGUUAUUUUAUUUUCCAUAAUUUUGCUGCAUGUUAUAUUCACUGUGAAAAUGUUGAUUUGCCUAUUCUACGAAUGCAUCGAUAACCUCAGGCGGAAGAAGGCCCUCUACGACGUGCCCAUUCUCGGCACCUUUGCCAAAACUCUCGUCGACGUUGUAAAAAAGAGAAAAGAACAGGAGCCCCUAAUUUACUACAACAAGAAGGAAAGACAAAUUUCCAUUAUUUUACCUGACUGCGUUAUGAAGAAAAAAAAAAAAGUCAGAAUUUUCGCUAGCUCGUUCAGGCGAAUUUACGAAAAUGUGCACACCCUUUGGAAAAGGGGGACGAAGCAUCGGGGGGAACAACAUCACGCCGGAAGCUGCGUCAGUUAUAAUGGCAGUUUUGCCAGCUAUGGCAGUACCCACAAAGGGAGCCACUCCAGUAUCCGCAUAGGAAACAUUCCAAACGACGAAUCCCUUGGAAACAUCCAAAAAAUGGGGUCAUCAAAAGAAGGGAGCAAAAGAAGACCAACAUGUGGAGCCAAGAAUGACGCACAACAUGGAAGACUAAACCUGCAGGGGAAAAAAGCAAACAAAAAUGAUCACAAUUUCUUGGCACAAAAUUUACCGGAAGAACAAAAAAAAAUGAGUUUCUGCUUUUUUUCCAAAAAUAAUAACAAUUCCGUCUGCGCAAAUAUCACCAAAGAGCAGCGAAUGUUCGCAAUUGAAAUUUACAAAGAAUUGCUGGACAUAUUCAUGAAGAACGUCACCUUAACGUACAUUUCGGAAAAUUUUUUCGAGUUCAUAUUUAAAAUUACCAUCAACAUAGGAAACUUAAUUGAUAACCUGGACCAGAAGGAUAAAAUAUUCGUGUCCAUGGAUCAGGAGCAGAACUUUAAGAACAUCAUUCAGUGGUCUCUCGAACGGAUGGAAAAAUGUAGCGAAAAUAAAAAGUUGGAAGAAAGCAAAAUAAUUAAUUUGAAAAAUUGUAAAUAUGAUUGUGGUCUGCUUAAUCUCGAUGUCGGCACGCUGCAAGUUCCUUCUUCGCUGUUUGAAGAGGAUAGAAUGGAGUCCUAUCGAAGCGUUGGCAAGACGGUGCCAGGGGAGUCCUCUACAGAAUCUUCUGGAAAGUCCAGCCUCAGCGGAAAGGACCCCAAAAUUCAAGUGUCCGAUGAAGAGAAAGAGAAACUCUUCUCAUUCUUCAGCGACGAUCUCCUGGACAGGAAAAUCCCGCUCUCCGAAUUUUAUCUAAUCCUCACGGAACUGAAGCUCAAGUACUGUGGAAACCUCACUGCCUACUUUUACAUGUUCAGGCUAUACAAAAAACUGGAAAAGCUCCAGGAAAGGAAGAAACUGAGAAGGCUAAACAAGAAACUGCGCAAGUGCCAACGAAUUAGUAACACGAGGAAGAAAAAGUCCCACGAACAAAUGCUCGAGAAGGACAAAAUAAAAGAAAAAACAGCGCUACUCUACAGGGAACAUAAAGACCUAACUAAAAUGUUGGAGCAGCUGAAGGGAAAGUACAUUAAUAUAAGUAGGAACGACUCAGAAACUUUUUCAUCUGAGGAAUUUGGAAUGCCCGAUAUGGAUGGCGACAUUUCCCUUUCCAAUGGGGGCUCCAUCGAGGGCGCCCUUCUUUCGGAAGGCUCCGAUCAGAAGGAACAAGAAAGUGAUCGGGACGAGCGGAGCGGAUAA